AUUCCAAUUUUCUUACCUACAUAUACUAUCAGCAUGUCAAGUGCAGCAGAAGCACAUAAACAACGUUAUCAUUUGCGUGAUAUUGCAGAGCAAGUUCAGAAGAAAAUUAUUGCUGAGCAUCAGUCUGAAGCUCAUCGAACAUUAAGAAGCUAUCCUGGUAAUGAAAAUAAGGCAAAAGCCUCCAAAGAAAAGGGUGACAUUCACGGCAUCGAACAUCCUGGUUCUACGGGUGUCAUUUACGUCAUGGAUCGUGCUUCAAAGAUGGGCUAUACAGCAACAGACAAAGAGUGGUCAAACUUUGGACAAGGUGCUCCUGAAGUCGGUCCUGUUGAGGGAUGUAUGGAAAGACCCAAGACUAUUCAUCUCUCGGAAGAUUCAUUCGAAUACGCCAAUACCAGUGGUGUAAAAGAAUUGAGGGAAACUGUUGCAAACCUUUACAACGAAAUCUAUCGAAAAGACAAAAAAUCUAAAUACACUUAUGAAAAUGUAUGUAUUGUUCCUGGCGGAAGGGCCGGUUUAACACGUGUUGCUUCAGCUAUUGGUGAUGUCAAUGUUGGCUAUUUCCUGCCCGAAUACACAGCUUAUGAGCAAAUGCUUUCUGUUUUCAAACGUUUUGUUCCAAUCCCUACUACCUUAGAAGAAGCUGCACGUUAUCAUAUUAGCCCAGACACAAUUCGUAAAGAGAUUGCAGGUAGAGGUAUCGGUGUAGUCGUUGCUUCCAAUCCUCGUAAUCCUACAGGUCAAGUUAUUCAGGGUGAGGAGCUGGAAGAACUGGUGGCUAUUGCUAAAGAAAGACACACAACUCUGGUUAUGGACGAGUUUUAUUCCGCUUAUAUAUAUGAUGAAGAACCUGGUAAAACCGUUAGCAUAUCCAAGUAUGUGGAGGAUGUCGAUGAGGAUCCGGUUAUUUUGAUUGAUGGUUUGACUAAGAAUUUCCGUAUGCCUGGUUGGCGUGUAUGCUGGAUCGUAGGACCAAAACCCGUUAUUUCAUCGAUGGAAAGUGCUGGUUCAUUUUUAGAGGGUGGCGCUAACCAUCCUCUUCAGUUAGCAGCCAUUUCUAUGUUAGAUCCUCAGAAGUUCAAGGAUGAAGCCAAAGCUCUUCAACGUCAUUUUAAAGGAAAACGAGAUUAUGUGCUUGAGCGUUUAGAACGAAUGGGCUUGAAGGUCAAAGUUCCUCCGAAUGCAACUUUUUAUGUCUGGCUUGAUUUAUCUCAACUGCCUGAACCUAUAAACAAUGGACUUACCUUCUUCGAAGAGUGUUUAAAAGAGAAAGUCAUCGUAGUUCCUGGCAUCUUCUUCGAUGUGAACCCCUCUCAUCGCCGUGAAUUGUUUGAAUCACCGUGCCACCACUUUGUAAGAUUAAGUUUUGGACCACCUAUGGAUCAUGUCAAGAAAGGUUUGGAUAACAUUGAAAGCCUCAUCAAAAAGUUUAAACAAACCUAAGCAAGAAUUGAUUUUUAUGGGAAUUUCUCCAUUGAAGACGUUAAACAAAUACUUCAACAUAGCAAGUUUAAUAUUGUUUUUUUGUUGUUUGUUUUUUUUUUCUUGCGGCUCUUCUAUGUUAACAAUAAACGCUUAUGGAGGAGAUACUUGUUGCU